CUAAACAACCUUAUUUUUAAGAGAAAUAUUUCGGUAAUAUAAUACAAUAUUGGUGGAUAUAUUUUGAAAUUUAUCGUUUAUCUGUUUCAUUUAUAUCACUCCGACAGACUCCAACAAUAAUGUGCUGUCAAGGAGAUGGGUUAUAGGUAGACGGGUGCCUGGAUAUGCAACGAUAAAUACUUUGGAAUAUGAAUUAUUCCGCAAUAUAUCAAUAGUGUCUUGCCCCUAGCCCUAGAUCAAAUCACGAUAUAUUCCGGAUCUUGUGCAAAACUGAUUGUCGAUAAUUAUCGAUAUUUCAAGUUUCAACCCUGACAACCAAACAGAAGUAAACAACAUUGCAGUGUUUAUUGUGCUCGUAAAAUUUGUUUUAUUAAUUUAACAAAAUUGCUAUUUGGGUUCUAAAUACCGCAAAUCACAGUGUACCAAAUAGUGAUCAGUUUAAUAUGAGUCACUGUCGAGUAAUAUCAUGCCUUAAUAAAAGAGGCCAAACGAGAUUCUUCAGUUUCCCUACCGAUCCUAAAAUAUGUGCUCAAUGGGUGCAAUUCUGUCGUUGUCCUGAAACAGAGGACAGGUUCAAGACUAAGGGAGUAAAAUCAAUGCAAAAAAUGGCUAUUUGCUCUGAACAUUUUGAGCCAGAUUUGCUUCAAGCUGCAGCUCGGGGUCAGCUACCACCAGACGCAGUGCCUAUCGACAUAGGUCGGACAUAUAUGACGCCUGCAAUGCUGAUUGAACAUGGUUUUAAUAUUGAAUUACAAACGGAGUUCGAAGCAGUAGACGUCAUGCCCGUCAGCAUAGACCAAACAUUUAUAACACCUGACGUACAGACUAACCAUGACUUCAAAGUAGAAUCACAAACAGAGCCCGAAUUCGUUGAACCACAUGUGGAAGAUGCGUACAUUUCUGAUAAUUUUUUGGUGGAGAUGUUGCGUCCGGAAGACAUUAAAGAAGAGCCAAACGAAGAUGAACAGUCUAAUUUUGUAGAUGAUGCAGUUGCUCAAGAUGACAAUCAUACGAAUACACCGACAGAACCAGCUAGUCAAAAUUCAUCAAAAAAUAAAGACCACAUUAGCAAAACACAUGUAGCAAAAAAGUUGCCUUGUGAAGGACUCUGUGUAUUAGCUCCAAAUUUCAAGAAACAGCUAAUGAUGCAAGAGAAAGGAAAUCAAAAAAUGAAAAAUUUUCUUCAAGAUGCUGAGAAAAGGUAUACUACAGCUUUGACAAGAGUUCGAAAAACGGCUGAUUUAUUAGUACUGAAACACCAGAAACGUAUUCGAUUGAAAAUACAAUAUAAACAACUUCAAGCACAAAACAAAAUGAUAGACGCUAACAUGUCUGACCAUGCAACAGAAUCUGAAGAUGAAGGUGAUUUCGAUGAAACCAAAGCAUGGUGGUAGCUUUAUGAUAGUUUUAUUUUAAAUAAUGUAAAUAUACUUAGGUAUACAAUCA